AUGAAUACAAUAUAUUCAAUAUUCGUAAUUGGAUUGCUAUUAAUAUGUUCGAAUUUUAUUUCGAACAUAGAAUCCUGUAAUUAUCGUUCGAAAGGAAGUUUACAUUUUCCAAGUAACUUUAGUUUUGGUGUUUCAACUUCGGCAUAUCAAAUUGAAGGCGGUUGGAAUGCAGAUGGAAAGGGUGUAUCAAUUUGGGAUGAUUUUACGCAUAAUAAUCCUGAUUUGGUUAGAGAUGGAUCUGAUGGUGAUGUGGCUAUCAAUUCUUAUAAUCGAUUUGAUGAUGAUUUGGAUAUACUCGAUGAUUUAAAGGUUGGUCACUAUCGCUUCUCAAUAUCAUGGACAAGAAUUUUUCCAGAUGGCGAAACAAAACACCGAAAUCAAGCUGGAAUUGAUUAUUACAACCAAGUCAUUGAUAAACUACUUGCUAAAGGCAUAAAACCUUUGGUUACACUUUUCCACUUCGAUUUGCCAUUGGAAAUACAGAAAAAAGGAGGUUUCAUCAGUUCUUUGAGUAUUGAAUAUUUUGUUCAAUAUGCUGCAGAAAUGUUUAAACUUUUUGGUGAUCGUGUAAAAGAUUGGAUAACUUUUAACGAACCUUGGUUUAUGUGCAAACGUGCUUAUGGUGAUGGAGUUUAUCCUCCCCUAAUCAAUGCUUCAGGGGUAGCUGAUUAUCUUUGUAUUGACAGUAUUCUUAAAGCACAUGGUGCAACUUAUCGUGUUUACAAAUCACAUUUCAAGCAUCAAAAUGGACAAGUUGGUAUUUCACUCAAUAGUCCUUAUUUCAUUAUUGGAGAUUCUUCGGAUAAGGAUAUUUUAGAACGUGCAAUGCAAUUCAAUAUGGGUUAUCUUGCACAUCCAAUAUUCAGUAAAGCCGGUGGAUAUCCUGAAAUAAUGGUCAAAGAUAUUGGAAGAAAUAGCCUUGAAGAAGGCAGAAUUAUGUCACGUUUGCCGAGCUUAGAAGGAGAAUGGAAAGAUAUUAUUCGAGGUUCAGCUGAUUUCUUGGGACUAAAUUAUUAUUCAUCGGCUCAUAUAAGACGUGCUUCGCAGCCACAAGGCAAAAAUCCAUCAUUUGAACGAGAUGCAAACUAUGAAUCUUAUUCAAAAUUCAAAACAACAGGACAAAGUUGUGAUCCAGCUGGUCUUGAGGGUUUAUUAAAAUGGAUUAGUAAAGAAUAUAAUAAUGUUCCAGUUUUAAUCACAGAAAAUGGCUAUCGUGAUAUGGGAGAACUUGAAGAUAAUAAUCGUCAAAGUUUUCUUAAAACUCAUUUACAAGCUGCAUUGAAUGCUGCGAAUGAUGGUUGUAAUGUUAUUGGAUAUACACAUUGGAGUUUGGUUGAUAAUUUUGAAUGGUUAUUUGGAUAUACGUUAAAAUAUGGACUUUAUAGUGUUAAUAUGACAAGUCCAACAAAAGAUCGUGUUGCUAAAAAUUCAGCAAAAUAUUAUAAAAAAGUUAUUAGUUCGAGAAUUUUACAAAUGGAAUAUAUUAUGUAA